AUGGAUGCGGCGGCGCACGUGCUGGUGUUUCCAUGGCCGUUGCAAGGCCACAUCAACUGCAUGCUCCACCUCGCCGCCGCCCUCCUCGACGCCGGCCUCCACGUCACCUUCCUCCACACCGACCACAACCUCCGCCGCCUUGCUUCCCAGCCGGCGUCGUCGUCGCCGCGUCUCCGCCUGCUGUCCAUCCCAGACGGCCUCCCUGACGACCACCCGCGCUCCGUGGCCCACCUCAACGACCUCAUGGACUCAAUGCGGGCCACCGGUAGUGCCGCCUACCGCGCCCUAGUGCUCGCCUCAUCUUCCAACAGGGCGGCCUACGAUGACCAUCCACCGGUGACCUGUGUUAUCGCCGACGGCGUCAUGGCAUUCGCCAUCGACGUCGCCGAGGAGAUCGGCGUGCCGGCGAUUGCCUUCCGCACGGCCAGCGCGUGCAGCUUCCUGGCGUACCUCUCCAUGCGCAGGCUCGUCGAGCUCGGCGAGGCCCCGUUCCCUUCCGACCAGCCGGUGAGCGGCGUGCCCGGGAUGGAAGGAUUCCUGCGCCGACGAGACCUCCCACGCGCACCCAGCCGCCCGAGCACUAGUACUGCCGCCGACGACAGCGGCGUCGUCGACCCCAUGCUGCUCAACAUGGGCGAUUGCAGUGCUCACAGCGGCAAGGCACGGGCGCUCAUCCUCAACACCUCCGCGUCCAUGGAGGCGGCAGCGCUGGCGCACAUCGCCCCGCACAUGAGCGACGUGUUCGCCGUGGGACCUCUCCACGCCGCGGCAGGCACCACAAGGACGGCGAGCCUGUGGCGCGAGGACGACGGCUGCAUCGCGUGGCUGGACGGCCACGAGGACCGGUCCGUCGUGUACGUGAGCCUGGGCAGCCUCACGGUCAUCUCGGAGGAGCAGCUAGCCGAGUUCCUAUCCGGCCUCGCCGCCACCGGGUACGCCUUCAUCUGGGUGCUCCGGCCGGACAUGGUCGCCGGCGGAACCGCCGUGAAGAUGAAGAUACUGGGUCUCGGUGGCGACAAGUACUCGCGAGUGGUGGAGUGGGCGCCGCAGCGCGACAUUCUGCGGCACCGGGCGGUGGGGUGCUUCCUCACGCACGCCGGGUGGAACUCCACGUUGGAGGCCGCCUACGAGGGCGUGCCAAUGGUGUGCUGGACAUUCUUCGGCGACCAGCUCGUCAACAGCCGCUUCGUGGACACCGUGUGGAAGACGGGGGUGGACAUUAAGGAUGUGUGCGACAGGGCCUUCGCCGUGGAGAGGGCCGUGAGGCAGGCCAUGGAGUCCGCCGAGAUAAGGGCGGCGGCGCAAGACAUGGCGCGUCAGCUCAGGCUUGACGUCGCCCAAGGUGGAUCUUCGUCCUCCCAGAUUAAGCGCCUUGUCGCCUUCAUCGGAGAGCUGUACGUACGUGACUGUCACCACACAACCACGCCGGCCGAUUCUAGCUAG